AAGCAGAGCUGGUCUCUGUUGCGUCGCUGCUCGGUUUAAGAAGCGUUCCGUUGGACUAAAGCGAGUUUAAACUGCGGCCUGAGACGGGAUUCAGUGGAUGGUUACGGAAACAAGUCCGACAAACUCGGUGAUGGACCUGAUGGCCGUGAGCACGUCUGCGACGGGUCAGGAGGAGUUUGACCGCAACGCACCGCGGAUCUGUGGAGUGUGUGGAGACAAGGCCACCGGCUUCCACUUCAACGCCAUGACCUGCGAGGGAUGCAAGGGCUUCUUCAGACGGAGUAUGAAGCGCAAGGCGAGCUUCACCUGCCCGUUUAAUGGGAACUGCACCAUCACCAAAGAUAACCGGCGUCACUGCCAGGCCUGUCGUCUGAAGCGCUGCGUCGACAUCGGCAUGAUGAAGGAAUUCAUUCUGACAGAUGAGGAGGUGCAGAGGAAGAAGGAGCUGAUCCUGAAGAGGAAGGAGGAGGAGGCGGCGAGGGAGGCCAGGAAACCUCGUCUGAGCGAGGAGCAGAUGCAGAUCAUCAACACACUGGUGGAGGCGCAUCACAAGACCUACGACGACUCCUACUCCGACUUCGUCCGAUUCAGGCCUCCGGUCCGUGAGGGUCCAGUCACGCGCAGUGCAAGCCGAGCCGCGUCUCUUCACUCGCUGUCUGACGCUUCGUCAGAUUCAUUCAACCAUUCACCAGAGUCUGUAGACACGAAGCUGAACUUCAGUAAUCUGCUGAUGAUGUAUCAGGACAGCGGUGGCAGUCCAGACUCCAGCGAGGAGGACAACUCACGCCUGUCCAUGUUACCACACCUCGCAGACCUCGUCAGCUACAGCAUCCAGAAGGUCAUCGGAUUCGCCAAGAUGAUCCCUGGAUUCAGGGACCUGACGGCUGAAGAUCAGAUCGCUCUGCUCAAGUCCAGCGCUAUCGAGAUCAUCAUGCUGCGCUCCAAUCAGUCGUUCAGUCUGGAGGAUAUGAGCUGGAGCUGCGGAGGACCGGACUUCAAAUACUGCGUCAAUGAUGUCACCAAGGCGGGGCACACUCUGGAGCUGCUGGAGCCGCUGGUGAAGUUUCAGGUGGGUCUGAAGAAGCUGAACAUGACUGAAGAGGAACACGUGCUGCUGAUGGCCAUCUGCCUGCUGUCUCCAGAUCGGCCCGGCGUUCAGGACCACGCUCGCAUCGAGGCGCUGCAGGACCGUCUGUGUGACGUCCUGCAGGCGUACAUCCGGAUCCAUCACCCCGCCGGCCGUCUGCUGUACGCCAAGAUGAUCCAGAAGCUGGCGGACCUGCGCAGCCUGAACGAGGAGCACUCCAAGCAAUACCGCUCGCUGUCCUUCCAGCCCGAGCACAGCAUGCAGCUGACGCCGCUAGUGCUGGAGGUGUUCGGCAGCGAGGUGUCCUAGCCUCACGGCUCAACAGGCACGCUUUUAAGCUACGGGGAAUCCCUGAAAGGAAUGUAUUAAUAACGUAUGGAUAGAACGAGGCAUAUAAACUAAUAUUUAUAUUUAAGAGAGAGAAAGAGAGAGAGAGAUGGUUUGUAUUAAAUGAAAACGUAUGGCCAGGUGAUCCUCUGUUGUAAUAGGAUUAGCAGGCUCUACUAAUUAAUUUGUGUAGGUGUGUGUGUGUGUGUGUGAGAGAGAGAGAGAGAGAGAGAGAGACGUACAAAAGUUGACAAAAUGAAAUGCAAUUCAAAUUCACAAUGGUUCUGUUCCAAAAUCUAGUGAGCACCCUAUGUAGGCAGCAUUUUAAGACCUCAUAUGUGACCCUGGUGCACAGUCAUCAGUAGCACAGGUGUAUUUGGAGCAAAAGCCCAACGAUGCAUUGUAUGGGAUAAAAUUAUCAUUUUUUCUUUCAUGCCAAAAAUCAUUAAGAUAUUAAGUAAAGAUCAUGUUCCAUGAAGAUAUUUAGUAAAUCUCCUACCGUAAAUAUAUCAAAACUUAAUUUCUGAUUAGUGAUAUGCAUUGCUGAGAACUUAAUUUGAACAACUUUAAAGAUGAUUUUCUCAAUAUUUAGAUUCUUGUGCUCCCUCAGAUUCCAGAUUUUCAAACAGUUGUAUCUCAGACA